AUGGCUUAGAACUAAUAGAGUACCAGAAAAGUUUCAUUUUUUGAAAAAUAUUUCUGUUGUGGUAACACUCAAGAAGUCCAAGAACCUAAUACUACAAAUCAAACUUGUAUCAUAAUUUAUCAAACAUUUAGAUAACACUAUUAAUGAAUAUUUGAAAAUUAACCAAAAGAAUCCAAGUCUUUAUAUUUUAUAAGAGUUUGAUGGCGUAUACUAUGAUAAGAGCAAAAAAAUAAAAACUAUCCAUCCCCUUAAAGAUAUAUCUAUCAACAAUGUAAUAACAGAGAGAACCCAGCAUUCAUGUCCAAUUUGCUUUUGCUAUUUUAAUUGUAGGUUUUAGUUUUUAUGAUAGUUAUAUUGGCAUCAAAUUGCUGUAUGAAUUAUAUUUGUCAUAUUUGUGCAUUAGAAUUCAAGAGCCCAAAAUGCCAUUUUUGUCAAAACGAAAAAUGCAAAUAUAUUGAUGCUGAUUCAAAGGAGUUCAAGAUUUAUACAGAUUCAUAAGGCAUAUAAAUGUUUGCUUUGCAACAAAUGAAGAGAGACACAACAAGUGGUUGA